CGGACAGACCCGCUGCAAAUACAUACAUAUCACAUUGGGAAGAUCCUGGGAAGGCCCUAUUUGCUUCAUAUUCUAAUUCGUUAAUAUUAUCUACAUGCUGUAUUAACCAUUGUUGUUUGUAGCUCUGUGAAUCUGAUAAAGAAAUGCAACAUAAGUCAAGUAACAGUACAUAUUUGAUAAGUUUUCGAACCCAAACAGGAACUAUUCAUUAUUCAGGGAAGGUUGCCUUACUAGUAACAUCUUCAAUUAACCCGCAUGUCAUUUUCAAUUUGUCUAUCUGUAUAAUAUAAACAAAAUGGAUUAAAACUCUACGAAAAUUAGUUUUUGUUAUUUUAUGAAACCUUGAAGUGCUCGUCGUCAUGUGGAAGUGCCAUAAAUGUGGGAAACCUGUAUACUUCGCUGAACGUAAACAGUCAUUGGGAUAUGAUUGGCAUCCAGAGUGUUUACGUUGCGAAGAAUGUGGAAAACGUUUAAAUCCAGGCCAGCAUGCAGAGCACAAAGGUGUACCAUAUUGCCAUGUACCUUGCUAUGGAGCAUUAUUUGGACCACAGUUGUUUGGUCAUGGAACAAGGGUUGAAUCGCACACCAGUUUUGGAAAAAAAGAAGCUAGACCAUCUUUACCCAGAUCACACUUAGAGUCAAAGUUGAAAGUUUUCAAUCAGUAUUACGAAGGCAAAAGUGGAGGAAUAAGAAGUCGUGAGGUCAAUGGAAGAUUAAUAUUAGAAGGUGCACUUCGAAUUUAUUGGGGUGUCAGAGGAGUGAUCCACCUAAAAGAAGAUGAUGAUCAGCGUACUGUAGUUACAGCCCGGAACAGAAAUUCGUGUAGGCGCAGUGUUUCUGAUAAUGUGGAAGAUGAAGAAAAGGAGGAUAUUUCAGUGAAAGAAACAGCAGAACAGGAUGCAGAAAUCGAAGCAAAGUCUGUACCAACUUCUCCUGAUCAUCUUAAAAGCCUCACUUUGCCGAUGAAGUUGGAUGUAAAAAAUAUGGAAUGGGAUGAGUUAGAUGAGCUUCUUCAGGUGGAGCGUAAAGUUGAAGAUGGAAAUAAAUUAUAUCAAACAAUGCCUGAGAACUUGCCGUCGAUAAGUUCGCAGAAUAGUUCAGACGCGGUACCGCUUUCCUCUCAGUCGAGCCUCGAAAACUCCGAUUCCCGCGAAAAUUCAGAAACUAGUAGCCCAAAUCAUCAAACAAGCCGGGGAAACGAUAGUAGUAUAACUAGCACGCCCACGCACAGUAUAGGCAGCUCUUCCAGUACCGACACACCCAUUUACCACGGAACUCCAAAUCGAAAUGGAACGCUUCGUAGAGUAGAAUAUUUCGAUAAUUUGGAAAGAAAUACAAACAGCAAUAGAUCUAUCAGCACGGACGACAGUUGGAUCGAGAAGGGUUUAAAUCGAUCGAUGUCGGGACCCGAUUGUCUUCAGAGACAUCGAACAGAUAGUGACACGGAUUCUGUAAAUUCUCUUCAGUUUAGAGAAGACGACAAUAUGACUAUGUCCACCGAUAGUGGAUUAGAGCUCGAUGGUGUAGUUUUACGACGAAAGCAAGGCUCUACCGCUAUCAGACGUCGACCCGGAGGCCGACGGCAAUCUCGUAGCCGUUUGCGACGUCGCUGUUCAAUCAACGGCCAUUUUUAUAAUCGUGAGACCAGCUUUUUUACUCCCCCUCAUGGCUCUCAAAUGUCUGUGUGGAUCACAAGUCUAGUAAAUACUCAAGAAGUUAUCAACCUUAUGUUGGACAAGUAUAAAGUUGAUGCUAAACCGGACAACUUUGCAUUGUUCGUGGUACGCGAUAAUGGGGAACAACGAAGACUCAGAGACGACGAAUAUCCUUUAGAAGUUCGAGUAGUACUGGGCCCACAUGAAACUGUCGCACGACUAUUUCUGGUAGAUAAACUGUCCACACCGGAGAUCAGCUCCGACGUCGCGCAAUUUCUUAAUCUCUCGUUGGCAGAGUGUCACGGUAUUCUACAACGUUAUCAUUACGAGGAGGAACAUCAAAUUGGUUUGUUGAAGGAAAAAUACAAAGAGAUGCGACGAAGAAUACGGCAAAGAAUGGAGGAGUUGAAAGUCCGAUUGUAGUUAGUAUACUCUCUCAAAAAACAUUUGAUUAUUCAUAUCAUUAUUUUUCUAUUAAUCCACACUUACAGACCACUCGUUUUCUUCUUUUUUUUUUAUACGUACACGUAAAUUAUUCGCCGUGAAAUAUUUUGUUUUAUAAUCAGUUAAAAGAUAUGUAUUACGGUAACGGCACAUAAUCUUUAACCUUACACGUAGAUCCAUUUGAGACAUCAAAUGCAAAAUGUUUAUUUACGUUUGAGUGUAUCGAGCUGUAACGUACUAACACUCUUUAGCUUUAAAGUCUCGUUGCUACAUUACCAAGCUCUGUUCACUUCUUUGCAUCUUUAUUGCAUUUAUCUACACUCGGUAUGCGCAGCUAAUUAUCGAACGAAUCAGUGCAAUUUAACUAGAAAAUUAUAUAUUUAAAGGACAUACAUUUUAUGUCGACUGUGCAUUGAACAGUAGUGAUGACGUAGUCAUGUGAGUCGUUGUUAAUGCGAUUUCUCCUAAAUUGCAGACUGUUAUAGAUGCAGAAUAGGACAUAAUUUAUAAAAUAUAUAUGUAUAUUAUAUACGUAUACUGGACGUUUAUCAGCAUAUAUAUAUAUAUAUAUAUAUGCCACGCGAACUUAUCAUUUUCUCUAAAACAAAUUCAACGAAAAUAUUAUACGUUGUAUUUUUGAUUUAAAAGAUAUGUCGAAGGACCUACGUUCCGCUUAUAUAUAAGCCGUCAAUUUUGUCUCGUCUAUGGUUGCAAUGUCAAAGCCCUUACGAUUGAGUCUUCAGGACCCGUUUCAAAGAUAAAUGGCUUAGCUCGACAACAAUGUCUCUUCGUAUCAAGAAGUUUUGGUUAGGAUAGAGCCUAAAGAAUUGUAAAAAACUCUUCGUUUCUCACCGAAAACGAAUGUUUGGAGCCCCUGAAACCUGUUCGUACAUAAUUGGCUCUUCUUCAGUUUCAGAACUUGAAAUACUUGGCGUUCCAAACAUUCUCCUGCACACUAUCUUACCGAUGAUAUAGCGUGUCGAUCCAAAAGUUCUUUAUAUUUUUAAUUUUCAUUAUUAACGACGUCUCGUACUGUAUGUACAGAUUUCAUAUUUCAAUGCUAUCAUUUUUAAUAGUCGUGUUCAAUGACGUUCAACCUCUUUGACUAUAAGUAUGGUUCAAACACACGCUAUUCGUCUGUAGUUUUGGUAAUAAGGGCACAAUGGUAUAAUCCACCUACCUUGCGGGACACUGUAGCUACGGUUACAACACUAAAGCUCUCUCAUGCGUUUCGAUUGCUUCUCUAUAACUAAACGGACAAAUUGAAAUGAGAAUCAUUGUCGUAGCUCUCGAAAGGCAACAAGAAAAUCCGUAUAGUAGAUAGACAGAAAUUUCUAAUGACUUCCGAUUACAAAGCGGAUAGGAACUUUUAUACGAAUAUUUUUGUCGCUGUUUCCGGCGUACAAUUAUAAAACGCAAGGCUGUCCAACUUCUUACCUUGUGGGGAUGGUGUUCUGCAAAAUUUUGUUUCUUCACGUAGGUGCCAAAAAAAAGGAAAGAACUUAUUGUAUAUUGAACGGCGAAUGAAAAGUAGAAUUUUAACGAUAAAAAUUGUUGAAUUUGAAAUGGAGAUAUUAGAGAAGGCGUAAAGUUUUUAAAAUAUAUAUGUAUAUAUCGUCGCAUGAACAGGUGGGGUUAUGUAACCUUGGAACUUGAAAUGUCCUCCUUCUUUGUGAUACAAAAGGAAUCAACAAUAUAAUUGCUUGUUACUAAAACAAUAGAGUUAAUAGAGUUCGUCGUAGGGCUGUUUUUUUUUUUUACUAUCACUUUCAGUUAGUGUUUCUUAUCAGUUCUCUCUUCGUCUGCUUUGGAAGAUUCUUCUUUCACAGAAUUUUGUCCGUCCAUGUGCUCUCUCAUCUUCUAAUUUGUCGCGUAAUUCGAUUAUGUACUUUCAUCUGUUUUAGUCUUCUUUUUAAAAAUCGUACGCUGUCAUCUCGACUGAUCAUGCUAUACUUACAGAAUUUUUAACAAUAACACGCAUCGCAUUAACUUGAUACUCUUCGCGUGAAACAUAACAUCCACGUUGGUGCUUCUACGUUUCAAUUUUUGUGUCAUAAACGAAAACGACGGCAUCAGUGGUUUCGAUGUUACACGACUCGCCCUGUGUGUAUAUAUAUUGUUUAGAUAAAAAUGAUUACGAAACAAUGUACCUUGGGACACACAUAUUAGUUGGACAGCUCCGAUAAAAUUCAUAGACAACAAAAGAUCGUUGUUACUCGAUAACACAAGUCUCGACACCUAACACUGCCGUUAAAUAGUUUAUCGUACUUCUCAUUGUAGCAUAAUGUUUACGACAUUGGACGAAAGAAAGGAGUUGUUUUUAGAGGUUGCUUCCGAAAUUUCUCGAGGAAAGAUAUUCCAAUGUUUCUUGAUCGGAUCGUGGAUAAACAAAACUGUAGCUGCCGAAUGCAUUCUACAAAACAAAUGAAUUUCAUCCCUGCAGCAGUAGGAAUAGCGCGGUUUCUCUAUUAGAGAUACAUUGAAACUCAAUUUUUCAUAAUUCUUUGAGAGAUUUAAUUUAAGUAUUAACAUGCGAUUGAAUCGUUACUGCAAUCUGUUCGAAAUCUUUAGAUCUACGUCUUCGAAAUUCUAUUUUCAAUAAUCAAAAUUUAUAAUUUCUCGUAGAAAUUUAUCUUUCCACAGUGUCGCAAAAGUACAGCAUUUAAUAGCGCGGUUUCUCUGUCAGAGAUACAUUGAAACUCAAUUUUUCAUAAUUUUUUAAGAGAUUUAAUUGAAGUAUUAACGCGCGAUUGAAUCGUUACUGCAAUCUGUUCGAAAUCUUUAGAUCUACGUCUUCGAAAUUCUAUUUUCAAUGAUCAAAAUUUAUAAUUUCUCGUAGAAAUUUAUCUUUCCACAAUGUUGCAAAAAUACAGCAUUUAAUCGUUAAAUUAAGACGUAUCUUGAACGUUUCUCUAUCUGAUUGCAAGAAACCUUUCACGAACAUUUUCACAGAGCAUUUUGGGGUGAACCGUAACUUCUAACAUCGUCAAAAGAUCAACCCUUGUUUUUGGAAAAUAAUACAAAUAAAAACUAUUUUAUAUUUGGUUGAAAAAUUUGACGAAAUGUUGCACCGUUACUGUGCUCGGUAUUUAAAAAAAAAUACAAGGAAAAAUGACUAUCGAACGUACUUGUAUAAUUUGUCGUUCAGUUGCCUCUUCUCUGAAAUGCUUUGUACGUCGGAUAAUCUUUCUUACCAGCCCUGUUAUGUAAGUAAAAGAUGUUUAACUUCCGUGCGUAGACGUGGCGCAAAUAACUGGCGAUAUUCACGCACAAGAGUAUGAUUUAUACAGCGACAACAGUUUUAACGCUGCUCUGUGAAAACCAUUCCUCCUCCUCGUAAAAGAUGUAUAGCGACGGACGCGCAACGGUGCAGAUUGUUUCUGACCGUUGUUUAUGACAAUAGAUGCCGAUCGUAUAAUCAUAAUUUUAAGCUAGUCACUGUUUUUGUAUAGUCACGCAAAGCAUAUGGUGUCGCGGUCGUAUUUGCGAUACAAGUGUGCCGACAUCGCAUCGCACACAAUGAAAUUAAUUGAUCUACAGACUCGGUGUUGCCCGAUUUACUUUGGUCGAUCGUCUUAUGGGCUGACGUAUACACAUCCGAGGAGGCCUAAAAGCUUAUGUUCUCUUAUCGUAAAUAGUAAAGAUUCUGGAACUCAUUUGAAACGACGUGGUAACCGACGAUUAUUAUAUCUGAGAUUUUAUUGCGAAUUUCAUCUUAUUUUCUUAUAUAAUAACGAAUUUUAUUGUAUAAAUAUAUUUACAAUCAUGUAUCACAGUUGUUGCAGCUAGUUCGAGGCGCGUUAUUCGUACUCUUGUUCCAAAUACGUUUCACCUAAAAGCAAAUAACAAAUUAGUUUCUUAACGUAACAUUGUGAAACGCUGUGUUUUUAAGCGAUCGAUUAAAAGCAAGCAAAUCAAACUUUUAAAAAGGGGCUUAGCUUGAAACAAGCAAACUAAACUUAGAAAAUGAAAGUUUCAGUUUUCAUCCCCUAACCCUCUGACUAUAUUUUUGUGUAUAAAAAUUUGUUCGAAUAUUCAAAUCGCGUGGAUUGUUGUCCCACUGGUUGGCCAGUCAGCUAGUGAUUAUUAAAUUGAAAUAUCUCAUGUAAUUUUUCUUCACUCGUACACACAUUAUUCCUACCGAUUUUGCACAUUAUGUUCUUGAUUUGUACAUUGUAAUAAGGAUUUAAAAAAAAGAAUAAACUGCUUUAUUAUUAUUAGUCACACAA